UCCUCCCCUCCAGUCUUGUGUAGGUGUACCGGCUCCACCCCUCCAGUCUUGUGUAGGUGUACCUGCUCCUCCCCUCCAGUCUUGCACAGGUGUACCAGCUCCUCCCCUCCAGUCUUGCGCAGGUGUAACGGCUCCUCCCCUUCAGUCUUAUGCAAGUGUACCGGCUCCUCCCCUUCAAUCUUGCACAGGUGUACCGGCUCUUCCCCUUCAGUCUUAUGCAGGUGUACUGGCUCCUCCCCUUCAGUCUUGCACAGGUGUACUGGCUCCUCC